GCGGCGGCGGCGGCGGCGGAGUUCCCCAUGGUGCUCGUGCAGAUCCCCAUGUACAACGAGAGGGAGGUGUACAAGCUAUCCAUUAGUGCGGCAUGUGCCCUGACGUGGCCACCAGACCGUAUUAUAAUACAAGUAUUGGAUGAUUCCACUGAUCCGAUAAUUAAGGAACUAGUGGAGCUUGAAUGCCUUGGUUGGGCUAGCAAAAAAAUUAACAUCAAGUAUGAGGUUAGAAAUAACAGAAAGGGAUACAAAGCAGGUGCACUGAAGAAGGGCAUGGAACAUAUAUAUGCCCAACAGUGCGACUUUGUUGCUAUCUUUGAUGCAGAUUUCCAACCUGAAUCUGACUUCCUUUCGAAAACUAUACCGUUUCUUGUGCAUAACCCAAAGAUUGCAUUUGUACAAACACGUUGGGAGUUUGGUAAGCAUAAAGAUAUCAUUUUCUAGUCAUGUGUAUAUAUUUACAAAUAUUCUGUUUUCAGAGUUCCUGUCCUCAUUGGAAACUAGAGCAAAUAUGUUGUGUGCGUGGCUCUGACAAGCCACCCUUGUCUUGUUCAUGAGUAUUCCUUUUUAUUUGUUAAGAGAGUAGAUUUGUUUGGUUAGUUUUGAUUCUUUUUUCAGUUAGUUUGUUUCAUUUAGCUUAUUUCUUAAUUCUUAGAGUUAUCCAAGUCAUCCAUGUAAAAUACAUGGUAAUUUGUCUUUUAAAUCAAUUAAAAUAUCACCUAAGGUUGAUUACUACUGAUGUUCUGAUGCAAUUUCUUCACCAUUUGCCAUGAUAGUGGUCAUGUUGAUGAAGUAAGUGAGGAGUUUUGUUCAUUAUGAUUACAGGAUGUUCCUGACCUGGCCUUUGCCGGGCGAUUUUGCAGUGAACUAUGAUGUUUGCCUGAUGACAAGGAUACAGAAGAUGUCUCUAGACUAUCAUUUCAAAGUUGAGCAGGAAUCAGGAUCAUUUGUGCACUCGUUCUUUGGCUUCAAUGGUACAGCUGGUGUAUGGCGUGUAUCUGCUAUUAAUCAAUCUGGGGGAUGGAAAGAUCGCACCACUGUAGAAGACAUGGACUUGGCUGUACGGGCAAGCCUCAAGGGAUGGGAGUUCCUGUAUGUUGGUGAUAUUAGGGUUAAGAGUGAACUUCCAAGUACCUUCCAAGCCUACCGACAUCAACAGCAUAGGUGGACUUGUGGUGCUGCCAAUCUCUUCAGGAAAAUGGCAUGGGAAAUCAUUACAAACAAGGAGGUGUCAAUAUGGAAGAAACAUCAUCUGUUAUACAGCUUUUUCUUUGUGCGAAGGGUUAUCGCUCCCCUGGUGACAUUCUUGUUUUAUUGUGUUGUGAUCCCUUUGUCUGCAAUGGUUCCUGGUGUCAGCAUUCCUGUAUGGGGGCUGUUCUAUAUUCCCACUGCCAUUACAUGUAUGAGUGCCAUAAGAAAUCCUGGGUCUCUCCAUCUGAUGCCUUUCUGGAUUCUGUUCGAGAAUGUCAUGUCCAUGCACCGCAUGCGUGCUGCUCUAAAUGGUUUGCUCGAGACUGCGCAUGCAAAUGACUGGGUAGUCACUGAGAAGGUAGGAGAUCUUGCGAUGGAUGAUCUUGAUGUUCCACUCCUUGAACCAGUGAAGCCAACCGAAUGUGUUGAGAGGAUUUACAUUCCUGAGAUCUUGGUUGCACUCUACCUCCUAAUAUGUGCCUCAUAUGACUUGGUCCUUGGAAGCCAUAAAUACUAUCUUUACAUCUACCUCCAGGCCUUUGCAUUCAUCGUAAUGGGUUUUGGUUUCGUUGGAACAAGAACUCCAUGUUCAUAGCAGAUUUGAUGAUGUUACUAGUCCCAUUUCACAAUUUGCUCCUAGGAGUACAGUUGUACUUUGUGUGCAUUCGUGCAAGGUAAACCUUAUCUGAUGAUAUUGUUUUGCAUGAUACUGGGCCAUGGUUAGUCUAGGGAGUUUUAGAUUCCUGACAAAAAAUUCCUUAUUUACCAUGGGCAACUCAGAAUUUUACGAUUUGCCACUGGUAAACCCAUUUUCGCUGACAUAAUGUGUUUUCUCAAUAAUCGCCCUGUGCUAGAUGUAUUUGUCUGUAGUAGUCUCAUGGCAGAGAUAUAAUUGGGCAUGGGUUUCAGAUUCUGGGUUCAUAGUUGUAAUAGGAGAGGCGAGUUUGUAUAAUUGUAUCCUAGGUUCCUAGGCUCCUAGCUGGAUUAGGAACUUUGUAGCAUGUAGUUUUAUUGUCGUGUAGAUAUGCCAACCAUGGAUGUAUGAACAUAAUUAUAAAAAGACAAUGAAA